AUGGCCUACAAGUCUUUACUUUUCCUCGCUUUGAUCGCCGUUACCGCUACUGCCCUCGAUGUCUUUGACAACUCGACUGAGGUCAUAGGCAAACGAAGUAUCCCGAACGGAGAAGGAACCAAUAAUGGCUACUUCUAUUCAGUUUAUUCCGAUACCACCGUUACAGGGACUUACACGAAUGGUCCAGGUGGAGAAUACACCCUUACCUGGGGCGGAUCAGGAGACGUCGUAGUAGGGAAGGGAUGGAACCCAGGAGGCCCGAUGUCUGUCGAGUACAGUGGUACUUACUCCCCCAACGGAAACUCGUAUCUUUCAGUGUACGGCUGGAUGACGAGUCCCCUUGUUGAGUAUUACAUUACUGACUCUUUCGGUGAUUACAAUCCCAGCACUGGCGGAACUCACCUGGGGACUUGCACAAGUGACGGAGGAGUCUACGAUAUAUACACCCAAACCCGCACGAAUGCGCCGUCAAUUCAAGGGACUGCCACAUUCCAGCAGUACUGGUCCAUCCGCCAAACUCAUCGGGUCGGUGGCACUGUCACCACGGGCAACCACUACUCCUGCUGGGAGUCAGUCGGUUUACCCCUAGGCACGUUCAACUACAUGAUCCUCGCGACCGAAGGAUACUCUUCAAGCGGGACCUCCACUAUCACGGUCGGCCAAGGCACUGGAACAGGUUCAUCAGCUCCUUCUGGGCCUUCUUCAACGACUACUACCCCUCCGACUGCUCCUACAGGAGGAACAGUCGCUCACUGGGGUCAAUGUGGUGGCAUAGGAUAUUCUGGCCCGACAACAUGUGCUUCUCCGUAUACAUGCACUGUUGCCAAUGCGUACUAUUCUCAGUGUCUCUAA